GUCGGAGGGUCUGUCACAAGUUAUUUUAGGAGGAAGCGUCAGCGGUGGUCUGUGCUGAUGGUGGGAGGUAGACUAUUUAAACCGCCUGGGAGACUUAACAGCCACAUCAACCACACGGGCUUGGACUUAAGCCUUAAGGUCCAGCCUAGAAGGCGGAAUAAAUAUCAGAGAAAGUUUCUAAGAUGCCAAACUGGGGAGGAGGCGCGAAGUGUGCAGCCUGUGAGAAGAUGGUGUACCACGCCGAGGAGAUCCAGUGUAACAGCAGGAGUUUCCACAAGACCUGCUUCAUCUGCAUGAGCUGCGGAAAAGGGCUUGACAGCACCACAGUUGCAGCACACGAGUCUGAGAUUUACUGCAAGUCGUGUUAUGGGAAGAAAUAUGGGCCAAAAGGCUAUGGAUAUGGACAAGGAGCAGGGGCUCUGAGCUCUGAUCCUUCAGGCCAGGAUGAAGAACCGCACCGGCAACAUUCUAAACCACCACAAACCUCUUCAAAUCCCAAUGCCAGCAAGUUUUCGCAGAAGUUUGGCGGCUCAGACCGCUGCCCCCGUUGCUCCAAAGCGGUGUAUGCAGCCGAGAAGGUGAUGGGAGCGGGAAAGGCUUGGCAUAAAACCUGUUUCCGCUGCGCCCUGUGUGGUAAGAGCCUGGAGUCGACCACAGUGACAGACAAGGAUGGAGAGCUGUACUGCAAAGUUUGCUAUGCCAAAAACUUCGGCCCAAAAGGAUUCGGUCUGGGAAACGAAGCCAUGUUGGAGGAACGAGAAUAAACUGGUGGCUCUGCUGAAGCUCAAACCCAAUCCCGGCACCUCAACCCUGGAAGAUGAACAAGCUCCUCGGCAGCAAUGCUUUAAAAAUCCCAAUAUGUUGAAAAUAAUGGGAAAAAUGUGCAUAAUAAAAAACGAAUUUUGUUACAUCCAAA